UAGAAAAUAUAAAGUUCUAAGUUCUAACGAUAAUUAGGGUAUAUCGUCCAAGGGGUUCAGCUGUGCGAGCGUCGAAGAAACCGAGAGUCGAGAGAUGGAUUCGUUCUCUUCUCCUUCAAGCGGCUCUUCUCAGCCUUCAGCAGAAGCCUUCAUGGAGCAACUUAAGACUCAACUUGCCCAGGCUUACGCAGAGGAGUUUCUCGAGACUGUAAGAGGAAAGUGCUUUGCAAAGUGUAUCACCAAACCCGGGACAAGCCUGAGUGGGAGUGAGAGUAGUUGCAUAUCUAGAUGCGUGGAUCGCUAUAUUGAAGCUACCGGUAUUGUUAGCCGAGCUCUUUUCAGUUCACCUCGCUAAUGUUUCAGGCUUUCGGCAGUUGCCUUUUGGAUUUGGGUAAUUUCAUGGUUGCAACAUUUUAUGGAUUUUGCUAGUUUGAGGGAGAAUGCAACGGAUUUUGUUUUCCCAUUAUUGGCAUGGACCAUAGUACUAUAGCCCAAUCACGAUACGCCAGCCUGAAGCGGUAAAUUUUGAUUUUUAGUAUUAUUGUUUGGCCUUCUAUUCUUGGUUGCUUAGCUAUCGCUCGACCAUCCGAGCCACAUUCUGUAUUACCAUUUCAUUGUCCUUUUUUACUUUAGGGCCCUUCUGUACUUGUAACCAAUCAAUCGAUAAUCAUCCAAACUA